AUGGCUUUAGCUUGUCCCCUUCUACUCUUGUUUCUCUCUGCACUACCUUGUUAUAAUUCUUAUUACUCUGAUCAACAAGCUCUUCUGUCUUUUAAGCAUUCACUUUCUCUCGAUUCCAGCAAUUCUUUGCUCGAUUGGUCUCCUAAUCACUCCCUAUGCAACUGGACUGGUGUUGCAUGCUCUUCUCGUCACCAGCGUGUGGUUUCCUUGAAUCUCACAGGUAUGUCUUUAGCGGGCACCAUCUCUCCUUUUCUUGGCAACCUCUCUUUUCUUAGAGUACUCGCUCUCAAAAAUAAUAGCUUUCAUGGCCAAAUUCCUUCUCAACUGGGGAGGCUUUUACGCCUUAGAGUACUUAGAUUGUCUAGAAAUAAAUUGCAAGGUUCCAUCCCCUCCACUCUGGCUAAUUGUCAUUUAUUGCAACGUCUCAUAUUAUCCUAUAACCUUUUGAGUGGAGCUAUACCUUCCCAGCUUGGGAUUCUUUCACAUUUAGAGAUGCUUAUUUUAGGAGAAAACCAACUAACAGGCGUAAUCCCGCGUACUCUGGGAAACCUGUCAUCUUUAGUUGACUUGGAGUUGUUGGAAAAUGAGCUGCAUGGUGAUAUUCCUGUUGAACUUGGUAUGCUUACUCAAUUAGAAAAUCUUUAUCUUGGUCACAACAACUUGACAGGAGUAAUUCCUAUUGAGCUGGGUAUGGUUAUUCAACUUCGAAUGCUUGAUCUUGGUACUAAUAACUUGACAGGAGUAAUUCCCAUUGUCCUUUCCAAUUGUACUCUUCUCCAAGUUUUGUUAAUAGCACUCAGUCAGCUUCCAAAUCUUCAAAGAUUGUAUUUGGAUAAAAAUGAUUUAGAUGGAAGAAUUCCAGAAAGUUUUGGUCAUGCAAAACAACUUGGGUUGUUAGUAUUGAGUGAAAACAUGCUUUCAGGCCAAAUUCCAGAAAGUCUUGGUGAUCUUCCCCAACUAAGAGAUCUUUUUCUUCAUCACAAUCAAUUAUCAGGGAGAAUACCUGCUAGUUUAGGGAGGUGCAUCACUUUGGAAAAGGUGGACUUGUCUCACAACAAGCUAGAAGGAAAUAUACCUCCCGAAUGGAUAAAUCUUACAAAUCUGCAAUUUUAUUUCAAUAUUUCUAGCAAUUCAUUGCAAGGUUCUAUUUUAGCAAUGAGUAAAAUGGUAAUGGUCCAAGCUAUAGAUGUUUCACUCAACAACUUUUUAGGUGAAAUUCCAGCUGUACUAUCAAGUUGCACAAACUUGCAAUAUUUAAAUCUUUCAUGGAAUUCAUUUGAUGGACCAAUACCGGCAUCACUCACAAGCCUGAAAUAUCUACAAGAUAUUGAUCUCUCAAGCAACAAUUUGUCAGGCACAAUCCCAAUGGCUUUCCAAGAAAUGAAAAUGCUUCAACAUAUCAAUCUCUCUUCAAAUAGAUUAACAGGAGAAGUUCCAAAGGGGGGAGUUUUUGCAAGAAUUGAUGAGUCAGCAAUUUUAGGAAAUGUUGGCCUUUGUGGCACCUGGAUUAAGUUAAAAUCAUGCUCUAACUCUCAGCACAAACAGUUCUUGGUCUCUGAAAAGGUGAUGGUACCAGUUGUGAUCGGCAUUACAAUAUUCAUCUUGUCUUCUAUUUUAUUUCUAUUAUUCUAUAAGAGACAUAUAAAUCAAGAUAGCCUUGAACUCAACACUGGGCUUGCAAGAAUUUCAUAUGAAGAACUUGAAGAUGCAACUAGUGGAUUUAGCCAAACCAAUUUGUUAGGGGUUGGUAGUUUUGGAUCUGUUUAUAGAGGUAUUCUCAACAAUGGUACAAACAUUGCUGUUAAAGUUCUCAAUUUGCAAGAAAAAAAUGCUCUCAAAAGUUUUGAAAGAGAAUGGAAUGAUAUGACUGCACAUAUAUCAGUGACUUCUGCAAGUAUACUAAAGGGGUCUGUUGGCUACUUUGCACCAGAAUAUGGAGUGGGUGGAAAGAUUUCAACAAAAGGAGAUGUAUAUAGCUAUGGAAUUCUACUUUUAGAAUUGCUGACAAGGAGGAGACCAACAAAUACCAUGUUUUUAGAAGGUAUUAAUCUACCAAAAUGGGCAAGCAUGGGCUUUCCAAAUAAAAUUGAAGAAGUGUUGGAUAACCACCUACUUAGAGAUGUUAAUGUAUUAGAUAAAGAAAAGGUAUUGGAAUGCCUUACUCAAUUUUUGCAAGUAGGAUUGGUUUGUACAAGGGAGCUUCCACAACAACGCCCAAAUAUGAUGGAGAUUGUUGAGAGAUUAAAAAAAAUAACAAGUACAUAUUUGGGUACUCCAAGAGAUUUUCAUUUGCCCAUAAAUAUCUCAGCUUUGCUUGAGAGUACAAGUGGUCAAAGAAACACAAAUUCACGAAGCCCUGAAAAUUGGUCUACAUCUACAUCUUAG